AUGGCCGCCGAUCGCGAAGCUUUUUCGAAGACCAUUUCAGAAGCCGUUUCUAGAGCAGUUACCGACGCAUUGACUGCAACAUUAUCGCCGGUAAGUAUAGAUAAUAUUCCGCCCUCUUUGCCUUUUGAAUUUUCUAUGAAUAAUGAACAGUGAUUAACCGAAUGUUUGUAUUUUAUAAAUCUCAAUAGCAACUGCCUCGUGUUGACUCACACAAAGGUGGGCUGGCCAUUGAUAAAGCCAAAACUAGGAAGAUCUCUGAACCUGGAAAAAAUCUUCGCCCCCCCCUCCCCUACGCUUCUGUACAUCCAAAUUUUAUUUUAAAAAGAUUUAAAACCAUAAUCACCUGUUCCCUUAUCCGACUACUGCUUACAGUCCCAGAAGUGCCAGCGAAAGAAAGAGUUUGCCGGGCUUGGGAGAUAGCAGCUGGUGAGUCAAUACGAGGCAGUUGCUAUUGAGAUUUAUAAAAUACAAACAUUCGGUUAUACACUGUUCUUUAUUCAUAGAAAAUUCAAAAGGCAAAAAGGGCGAAAUAUUAUCUAUACUUACCGGCGAUAAUGUUGCAGUCAAUGCGUCGGUAACUGCUCUAGAAACGGCUUCUGAAAUCGUCUUCGAAAGAGCUUCGCGAUCGGCGGCCAUAUUUUAAUAAGGAGCGCUUUCAGCCUUGGUAACCACGCAUUUUUCCCGCAAUAAUAAAUUUACACUUGGCGCGUGAAGGUGUAAAUUUAUGAUACGCGAAAUUUCCAUUAUAUGUAUUAAAUAAUGCUUGUAAGCGAGCAAUGCAAUACUUAUUUAUAAAUAACUACUAAACUGUACUUAGCUUUGCUAUAUAUAUACGGUAUAACUAAUAGAUUUGUCAACUUAUUUAUAUGUAAAUAAUAAGAGACGAAACAGCACAUUAUUUAUAAAUAAUUACUCUAAGAAACCAACUUGUAUAUAAAUAAUUGUUUUACAACUUUUAUUAUUUAUAAAUAAUAGCAUUAAAACUUUCAUUAUAUAUAAAUAAUACAGAUCUCCUAAAGUUAUUAUAUAUAAAUAAUUGUUUUACAACUUUCAUUAUAUAUAAAUAAUGUAAAUCCAUAAAAGUUAUUAUAUAUAAAUAAUGUCAUCUUUAUUCCAUUAUUUAUAAAAUACGGAAACGUUCACCUGUUUUUCAACUAAAUAAUAAAUUUCCACUUGGCGCCCCAUACUACAGAGCAGGAAUUUUUUCCUGUGCCUACAUGCCGAUAUUAGUUCGUUUCUUGAGUUCAAUGAGCUUAGUUCGGGAUAGUAAAUUAUAACGAACUUUUCGUGCAGGCAUAAUUUACAACGUUUUGUUUUGUUUGAGUAGGCCUUACAUUUCUUUAAAAUUUUCCAACGAAUAGAGUAUUCUAUGUUGAACUGUUUCAACUGCCAAAUAUAUUUACUCAGUUCAGUUGAAUGUUUAUGAUCCGGGUUCCUGAACGAGCUGGUAUGGUUGUAGUAUCUCACUUUAAAUGGGCCCGCUGUGUGUCCAACGUAGGUUUCUUUCUGUUGGUUGUCUUUUCUCGUUACUGUGGCUUGGUAUACAACGCUUUCGGUUAAACAUUUGCCAGGGAGGGGGCAGGAUUCUUCCUGACGGCAAUUACACUUCCUAUCGGAAUUUUUAGUAGCCUCGGGCUGCUUGCGAUCGAGUACAGUUCUGUUGUGCGCCGUGAUGAUAUUGUGCACGUUGGGCAUACAGCUGUAGCUUAACUUAAGAUUGUUCCUAUUGAACAGUUUAUGUAAGGGAUGGUGUGGUGGGAAGCAUUCAUCAAUAGCCUGCAGAAAUGUGUGACCAAUGUCGGUGGCAACGUUGGCGCUGUAGUGAGGAUUAAACCAUAUCACGUUUCUGCUUCUAUUACGUUUAGGCUUUGGUGGCUGGGGAUUGUAAUUAAGGACGUAGUUAAAACCACUCUUUCGCAGGGCUUCCUGAUAUGGAGGCGCGGCCGACUGGAAGGAUUGCUUAUCUGAGGAUAUGUUUGAUAGCCUCUUGUUAAUAGCAUCUGGUAUGCUGCGUAGUAUUGUAGGCGGGUGGUUGCUGUUGUGAUUGACAUAUAGCGGUGUAUUUCCGGGUUUCAUAUAUGGCUUGUAAGAUGACGAUCUGAGAUCAAGUGUAAUGUCUAGAUAGUUCACGCAUUUUUUGUUGGCUUCGAUGGUUAUUUUUAAGUUGUUGUCACUGAAAACUUUGCAAAUGCUUUUCUUAAUGGUCUCGAUUUCACGCGGUGUUUUGUCAAAGGCUGCGAGGCCGUCAUCUCUGUACAGACCGAUAUCAUUGCCGUACUCUGCCGUUAGUUGUGAAAGAAGAUACGAUCCCACUAACUCGCAUGUCUCAGCCCCGUCAAAACUGCCCAUGGUUACAUCGAAAAGUGAAUCGGCUGGUGUUUUCUUUCGCCAAGUUGUAUUCCUGUUGAAGAGCAGCGAUUGCUUAGCUUUCAUGAUGAUGGCUUUCUCAUUUUCGGUUAUUUCGUCGUAUUGUGAGGCGAGUGAUUCUUUCAGGAGCUCUUCUGAUAUAGACGGAUAGAAAUCUACUAUAUCGAAGCUGAUAAACGAGCGGGUAGAUUAUAUAUAUAUAUAUAUAUAUAUAUAUAUAUAUAUAUAUAUAUAUAUAUAUAUAUAUAUAUAUAUAUAUAUAUAUAUAUAUAUAUAUAUAUAUAUAUAUAUAUAUAUAUAUAUAUAUAUAUAUAUAUAUAUAUAUUGGAAACUGUAGGGAGCCUCCUUAAGAGUCGAUAGCGAAUGUCGGCGAAUCUCUUCUUGGCCUGGGAGUCUCAUAAAUCAUGAAUCUUGAUUCAUGAGUGCGAGCCUCCCAUCUCCUAGCAAAUUUGCUUUUUUGAUGCCACUAAAGAUGAAAAUUUCAAUUGUCACGUGACGUUAAAUUUUAAUCGUACAUACAUGAUGGGAUUUACAGCAUGCCAACAAUAAGCGAUAGAGAUUGAUGGAAACAGAUAAUCCAAAAAACAUUUCUUUUUUACAGGACGAAGAAAAAGUAGAGUAUAUUUUGAAGCAUACCUACCUGAUAACAGCACAGUAUCGUCAUAUCCUUGUGGAUGAAGCCCAAGAUCUCCCCGGCAAUUGGCUUUCAUUGCUGUAUGCAAUGUUAGAAGAAUGUGAGGAAUCUAACAUGUGGAUCUUCGAAGACCCGUUUCAGGUGGUAAGGAGAAACACAACAAGACAAGAGAAUGGAAAUUUUACCAAGUAUUCUUUAACAAAGGUGUUUAGGAAUACACAUAACGUCUUUGAAGCAUAUCAACACUGCUACAGAAGUUUGCGCGAGCAAGUUACCGCGACCGAAGAAUCAUUCUCUGAGGAGGAAUUGUCUCAACCAUGUAUAGAUCAUGAUGUUUAUGGUUUAUCUCCUGACUACAUCCGCGGAGAAAAUGAUGAUCAACUCGGAGAUGCAUUAGUCUCUACAAUUAAAGUAUUGCUAAGUAAGAGGGUUCCAUUCUCUGAUGUUGCUGUCGUAACAUGUAGCACCGAGGUAAACCACGUCUGUAAAGUCUUAGAGAAUGAAAAUAUCAUGUGGAAAGAUGCGGACGGACGACGCACUUCUUCUAAACAAAAUAAAGAUAAUCACCCUCCAGUCAUCGUUGAUUCUUAUCAGCGUUUCAAAGGACUUGAAGUUAAAGUCUUAAUAUUUUUUAUACCAAGUGGCUGGGAACCACGACCCAUGGACAUCUAUGUUGGGUUUUCCCGAUCAUUUUGUCACCUUGUUGUAAUUGGAAACAGCAGAAUGAUCAACAAAAUCAAGCAAGACCAAGGUGAUUGAAUACAGUAAAACGUUUUACUCAUUUUUUAGAACCACUGAGUAUUUU